UGCUGGCCUUUGAUUGGGUGCCCAUUGGCGUGCUUGCCUUCUGCUACUUGGAGUUUUAGCCUUAGUCUUAGUACGGUGUGUUGUAAAUAAUGUUUCGCAGGAAAUUAGCAGCGCUUGAAUACCAUAAUCCUGCUGGCUUUAAUUGUAAAGAUGAAACUGAAUUCAGAAACUUUAUUGUUUGGCUCGAAGAUCAAAAAAUCAGACACUACAAGAUUGAAGAGAGGGGAAACUUGAGAAACAUCUCGAGUAAUGAUUGGCCAAAACAGCUGGAGAAGUAUCUUGCUGAUGUCACUUGCCCAUUUAAAGCAAAUCAGCGUCAAGAAGCUAUAGACUGGUUACUUGGAUUGGCUGUAAGGCUUGAAUAUGGUGACAAUGCUGAGAAGUACAAGAAUGCAUCUGCAAUUACAGAUGGUGAUAAGGCUACAAAGAAUGCAGAACCUCUCAUCAACCUUGAUGUUAACAACCCCGACUUUAAAGCUGGCAUUUUAUCUUUGGCAAAUCUUCUUCAAAUCCAGCGGCAUGAUGACUACCUUAUGAUGCUUAAGGCUAUACGUAUUCUAGUGCAAGAACGCUUGUCUCAAGAGGCAGUAGCAAAGGCCAAUCAAGGAAAAGAGGGUUUGCCCAUUGCACUGGAGAAGCACGUUCUUGGUUUUGAAACUGGAGAUGCUGUCUUAAAUGAAGCUGCACGAAUCCUGAGAUUAUUGCAUGUAGAGGAACUGAGAGAUCUUCAGACAAAAAUUAAUGAAGCCAUUGUAGCAGUCCAGGCAAUAAUUGCAGAUCCCAAAACAGACUACAGAUUGGGAAAAGUUGGGAGAUGAAUACACUUGGAGCUGUUUGAGCUCUCUGGUUUUGCAAAGAAAAUCAAGUUUCUAAUGCAAUUUUGGAAGAACAUUUAUGGAAAAUUUGUGUUUAUCUGUUUACGUUAUGCUGAAAGACAACCGGAAGAGUAAUGCUGACAGUGUGGAUUAAGACAACUGGCAUCAAUGUGAAUGCAAACAUUGUAUGUAAAUUUGAAAUAAAAGCGGUUAAGUAGUA